ACGUGAGGGCGAUGUUUACACCUUGAACCCCGGCGCGUGCUUCUUUCUCAGCGACACAGCAGACAACAUGGCGCCGUCCAAGAAGCGCAACGUGAAGACGAGCGACGGAGAAAACAGCCAAACUUCAUUUAAGCAGACUAUAAACACGAAAACAGAGCUCGUAUUACAAAGCAGAAAACACGCGAACUGUAUAUUCGACCUGCUGGAGUACUUACAGUCUGAGAAAGAGAAAGAAGUCGUUUUUGCAAUCAGCGCCUGUCAGAAGUUAUUCUGCGAGUUAUUGGAGAAAGGAGAGCUGUAUGUUGGUCAGCUGCCGAAAGAAGAAGAAAUCCUCCAAGCUGACCGGGAUGCAGAUGAAAAGUACCACAUGUUUAUAAGACACCGUUAUAACAGCUGUGUGGAGCUGCUGCUGGAGAACAUCGGCCAUGAAUCUUACCAAGUAAAGGAGAGUGCACUCUGUGCCGUAAUGAAGUUCGCAGCAGCUGAAGGGAAGCAUCCUCUGCAGAAACAGGACUGGAGUCAGCAUUACAAUUUUCCCAGAGAGCUUUUAUCAGGACUGGUGUGGGUUCUGCUCUCGGAGAAAGAGGACAUGGCUCUGCUUAUCUCCAGGUUUCAGGAAUUCUUAGAAAUGGAUGAUGUGCGCUAUUAUGUCAUGAAUUCGGUGCGAGACAACAUACACAGAGUGAUGGACCGAAACAAACGGGCCGAGAUGUCCGUGUACCAAAACAAUGUAUUCACACUGCUCACAAACAUCACAAUGCCAAGCCAGGGCUCAGAAAUCACCAAUUUCCUGACCAAGCAGGAGGCUAAAUAUGAAGACUGGAAAGCGGCCAAAUUAAAAGAUCACAAGCGAGCUUUUGAGCUGAUGUGGCUGACCUUCCUGAAGUACAAGUUACCUAUGAACAUGUAUAAAAAGGUACUGGUCAUCCUGCAUGAUUCUAUUCUACCCCACAUGAGUGACCCCACACUGAUGAUCGACUUCCUGACUGCAGCAUAUAACGUUGGUGGUGCCAUCAGUUUACUGGCUCUGAAUGGCCUUUUCAUCCUCAUGCAUGAGCACAAUCUAGAUUAUCCUGAUUUUUACAAGAAGCUGUACAACCUGCUGGACCCUUCUGUCUUCCAUGUGAAGUACAGAGCGCGAUUCUUCCACCUAACCAACAUCUUCCUGUCCUCAAGCCAUCUACCAGUUUACCUCGUAGCAGCGUUUAUCAAGCGACUGUCUCGGCUCGCCCUGACCGCUCCCCCGACCGGCUUGCUCAUAGUGCUGCCCUUUAUUUGUAACCUGAUUCGCAGACACCCGUCAUGCAGAGUCCUCAUCCACAGACCCAGUGCCGCUGAUGAGACGUGUACUGAUCCGUAUGUAAUGGAGGAGGAGGACCCUGCCCAGUGCCAUGCCCUAGAGAGCAGUCUGUGGGAAAUUAAGUCCCUACAGAAUCAUUACCAUCCAGAUGUUUCUAAAGCAGCCAAAGCAAUAAACCAAGCGCUACCCGAGGCCGAGGAUGAUAUCAGCGAGCUGCUCGAACUGUCCACUUUUGAGCUCAUGGAGCAAGACCUGAAGAGCCAGAGUCAGUCUGUGCCGCUCGAGUUUGAUGCAGCCACUGGUCUGCUUCAGAGUCCCAGAGAGGUGUUGGGCCUUCAUUUCUCUCUGGAGUAGCCACUGAUCGUGUAUAAAAAUCAAAUACAUUACUUUUUCUGUCU